AUGAAAAACCACACUAGGAUAACCACAUUCAUCCUUCUGGGACUAACAGAUGACCCUCAACUGCAGAUUCUGAUCUUUAUAUUUUUUCUUAUCACCUACAUGCUGAGUGUUUUGGGAAACCUGACCAUCAUCAUCCUCACUUUAGUGGAUUCUCACCUUAAAAUUGCUAUGUACUUUUUCCUCCAAAACUUUUCCUUCUUGGAAAUCUUGUUCACUUCUGCCUGCAUUCCUAAAUUCUUGUACAGUUUGGCCACAGGUGACAGGACCAUUAGCUAUAGUGGUUGCAUGUGUCAACUGUUUUUAACAGAUGUCUUUGCAGUUGCAGAAUUUUUCCUCCUAGCUGCCAUGUCCUAUGAUCGCUAUGUGGCCAUCUGCAAACCCCUGCAUUACAUGACCAUCAUGAGCCAUGAGGUCUGCAAAAGGCUGGUCUUCUGCUGUUGGAUGAUUUCUUUGUUGAUCCUACUCCCACCAACUAGUCUGGGACUGCAAGUAGACUUCUGCGACAAUUAUCUCCUUGACCACUUUUUCUGUGAUUCUAAACCCAUGCUGAAGAUCUCAUGCUCAGAUAUAGUGCUCUUAGAGAACAUGGUCAUUAUCUGUUCUUCAUUGAUCUUCGUUGUGACGCUUCUGUGUGUGGUUCUGUCCUACAUGUUCAUCAUGAGAACAAUUCUGAGGUUCCCCUCUGCCCAGCAAAAGAUGAAAGCUUUUUCCACCUGUUCUUCCCACUUUAUUGUGGUUUCUAUUAGCUAUGGUAGCUGCAUCUUUAUAUAUAUCAAACCUUUAUCAGAAGAUGAAAUGGCCAUUAACAAGGGAGUAGGAAUACUUAUUACUUCAGUUUCCCCAUUGUUAAACCCCUUUAUUUAUACUCUGAGGAACCAACAAGUGAAACAAGCCUUUAGUGACUUACUUAAAAGAAUUGUACUGCUCUCAAAGAAGUAG